AUGGACGUCGCUGCAUAUUUACAGCGCUUUGAGAGCAGUAUAAGCACGUACGUGGGGGAUGACCCAUUGGAGCAGUGGGACAAGUUUGUUAAGCUUCUGGAGCAAAACUUGCCCCCAAACAGCAGCAGCCAGCUGUCUGUGGUGCUGAGCCGUUUAGUCGAGACGUUUCUGAACGUAAACAAAUACGCCAACGAUGACCGAUAUGUCAACUACUGCAUACAAUUUGCCAGCGCUUACACUGACCCCAUUGUGAUGUACAGUCACCUCUUCAAUAAAGGAGUGGGCACUCGUUGUGCUGCUCUGUAUUCCUCCUGGGCUCAGCAGUUGGAGCAGAGAGGUCUGAAUGAUCAGGCUGAGGCCCUUUACCAGAAGGCUCAUGAGAACAAAGCCCAGCCAGCGGAUUUACUGAUGGAUGAAUACAGGCAAUUUCAAUCCAGAACAAGGCUUCAUGUAGCAGCAUCAGCAGGAAACCGUUCUCCGUUGCAAAACUCUCUUUCUGUCAAUGUGAUGUCGAGUCAGAGUGCGCUCUCUGCUAUAAAGGAGACGACAGCAGCGGAGUGCUCCUCGCCCAAACCAGUGGAGCGUAGAUAUGUUGUCAUGAUCUCCCGUUCUGAAUACUCGGGGAAACUCCCUCCAAGCACUAAUGAAAACAUGGUAUCUACCUAUGACAAGGAGGCGCUGCAUUGUGAGGGCUCUGAGCUGUGCUUUGAGGAGCAGAUGCAGCAACAGCAGCAGAAGCUACAGGCUGAAGCCGAAGCGGUUGCUCUGCAUGUCCCUGCUUUUAAAGAUGAGGAAACUUCGACUAUUCCAAACCUCUGGAUGCAGAUCAUGCAUAUGAAUAUGAGCUUGGCACGCGGUACUGGACACGACAAGAGUGCUUCUCUUCUGCCUCGGAGGUCUGCGGGCUGCAGGUCGCACUCUGAACCCACAGUCUUCACCAACGACUCCACGAGCCCUGGACAGAUCUCUCAGAUGGACACAAAGGAUUCAGCUGCUCAUGCACCACAGCAGCAGCAGCACCAGUCUCUGUCCCAGCAGCAGCAGCAGCAGCACCAGUCUCUGUCCCAGCAGCAGCAGCAGCAGCACCAGUCUCUGUCCCAGCAGCAGCAGCACCAGUCUCUGUCCCAACAGCAGCAGCAGCAGCACCAGUCUCUGUCCCAGCAGCAGCAGCAGCAGCACCAGUCUCUGUCCCAGCAGCAGCAGCAGCAGCACCAGUCUCUGUCCCAGCAGCAGCAGCAGCAGCACCAGUCUCUGUCCCAGCAGCACCAGUCUCUGUCCCAGCAGCAGCAGCACCAGUCUCUGUCCCAGCAGCAGCAGCAGCAGCAGCACCAGUCUCUGUCCCAGCAGCAGCAGCAGCACCAGUCUCUGUCCCAGCAGCAGCAGCAGCAGCACCAGUCUCUGUCCCAGCAGCAGCAGCAGCACCAGUCUCUGUCCCAGCAGCAGUAG